ACACCGAAGUUACCAUACAGUUCUCCAUACUACAAGUCACACAUUCUUUGACAAAACCUCCCCUCUUCUGAAAGUCCACUUUUUGUUUACUGUAGAUUACAUUAGACUGUGAGGUUGUUUCCACGCACUUAAUACAUAUACUUCAGAAGUUCUUGACAAGUAUAUUGUUUGGACCACGAUUCACUGCAGAACACAUCCGUAAACAGACUUUGAACCAUUUUGCAAUGCACCAAUGAAGUGGUUUAUCUUUUCUUGGCAUACACUGGCAGAGUGGUGAGGAUCUGCGACAUGAUCUGCGAUCUGGUGGUGCUGGUGCCGUGAUGGCAGAAUAGUGGAUUAUUUGCUGAGACUGGGCGCAAAUAGUGUCACAAUGACGGUUUUGGGUGUAAUUAGACUAAGUGUAUUAACUGUUCCAAGAAAUGUCUCAUUAUAUCGAAGGGGGAAUGAAGAGUUUUUACACAAAACGUACUCUUCGUACGGUCCGCAUUAUGUAAAACCUCAUGUUACUACAGAGAAAAGGAAAGAACUAAUUGAGAGUGGAGAGGCUGAAACACUUAAACUUAUUCCUAUAAAAGCAGCGCUGAAUUAUGAAACCUGUUCAGUAUUUCAUGACGAAUUAACGAGGAAAUUCACCAAUCAUGUGAUGAGGUGUGGUAAAAAAGCUUUAGCCCGGGAAUUAAUAGAAAAGACAUUUGAAAAAAUAAAACGUAUCCAACUCGAAAAAUACCAUAAAACUCCAGAAGAUCAAAAGGAAAGCAUAAUCAAAGACCCAGUGAAAAUUCUUCAUGAUGCAAUUUCUAACAGUAAGCCAUUGUUGGAACUAACACCUGUCAAAAGAGGUGGUGUGCGCUAUCAGGUUCCUGUGCCCAUAACGGAAAAUCGAUCACUCUUCUUAGCAAUAAAAUGGCUUAUAACUUCUGCAAAAGACAAGGAUCGUAAAAUACAUUUUCCUGAGAAACUUGCAUGGGAAUUAUUGGAUGCAGCUGCGAAUCAGGGCCGUGUUGUAAAACGAAAGGUGGAUCUUCAUCGGCAAUGUGAAGCUAACAAAGCAUUUGCACACUAUCGUUGGAGUUAAUAUACAAUUUACGAGUUGACAUUUUUGUAUAUACCAAGUCUCAUAAUAUAAAUAUUCUUAAAUGUUAUGUAUUUCUUAAAAAAAAUGUUUGAUUUACUUUAUUCAUCCCUUCUCAAAUUCCUGUUCUUAAAUGUACUUGAUUUUGCAUUCAAAAUGCCUUCAUGUCAGAAAUACUGUUAUCUGUAGUACCAUAUGGGUUAUUUUUUCCUUUUUUUAAAUGCUUUGUGUAAGUUAAAUACUAUACAAGCUAUGAAGGAUGAAAUUACAUGAAUGUCAACUGUGUAAAUACAAUACUAGCUAGGAAUGAUGAAGUUGUAGGAAAAUGAACUUUUUGAUUAGUCAAUCACAUAUUCUUUAAAACUUGGUAUUUGUUAUUACGCCAGGUUAUUCAGUUACCAUUCAUAAUAUAAGAAUUUCAAACUUCCAUGCCAUAUACAUAACUGUAGAAAAUUUUGUGUAUAUGAUUCCAUGGGGAGUUUUGAACAUAGAAUUUUUCAUUUCCUUUCAGAAUUUUUAUUUUCACAUUUAUGUAGUGUAGAGAAAAUUAUGUAAUGCUACAAAAAAACUAUAAUGAGAGU